UUGAGAAGAGAGAAAGGAAAAAGACGAUCAGAUUUGGAAAGAGAGAUAGAGGAAAAAGACGAUCAGAUUUGGGAAGAGCGAAAGGCGAUCGAAAUCGUGCUAGAGACACAUCCACAAGUUAAAACAUUGCGAUACAAGUCAUACCAGUAUUUCCAAGACUGGAUUGAGAUGUUUGGAAAGGAUCGCGCUUCUGGAAAAAGUUCACAAGGCACGAUAGACCUUGAGAAAGUGGCAAGGCAACAACAGGCCUCGAAUGAUUUUGCUAAAGUGGCAAGCCAACAACCAUAUCUACCUGACUUUGAUGUAAAUGAGUUCCCUACCGGCCUCAAUGUACACAUUGGAGAUUACUCUUUCUCCAAUACUAAUGAAAACGUCGACCAUGAGUUCUCCCACAGCUAUGUACCUCUGGAGGAGGUGGCCACGGAUACUCCUUUCCCUGGUGAAAGCAAAUCGGUCAAUUCCACCAAAAGGGAUGGUGAUAAGAAAACUCAAUCCAAAAGAAAGCGCAAGCAGCAUGAAUCUGCAACCUCCAAGGACUCGGUUAUUGUUGAUCUCAUGGAUAAGUUCUUCAAACAACAAAAUGAAUCCAUUGGUAUCUUCGUCGACAAACUUGAUAAACGGAGUGAACAAUCGAUGAGCAGCAAAUCUGAAGUUGUUGACAAGACAAAGCUUAUUCUUGAAGCUUUGAGAAAAAUUGCUACACUUCCUGAGGAGACUCGACUGAACUUUGCAUACAAAGUUACAAUUGAUGCACGAGUCACAGAUUUAUUCCUCAAUCUCUCUGAAGGCGAACGUAUUACAUUCGUGAAUACGAUGAUGGCGAAGAAGGUAUUGCCAUAGAACUUACCAAACUAUUAUGCCACGCAUAUCACCAAACAUUGGGUGUUAUUUUUGAUGACUUGUUAACAGCUAUGGUUUGCUGCUUUUAAACAAUCUAUUUAGGUAGUAUUAGUUGGUGAUGUUGGCUGAUUUUGAUAAACAUAUAUAUGCAGCUAGAUAUGACUUGAUGAUAUUGGAAACUUUUGAUAUUUCAUAUGCUCAUAUACUUUGUAAUUUGAUUGAA